UUUAGUUGGCGCGUAGCGUCAACUACUCCAGAGCUCUGUAUGUGCCCAUAGAAAAUAGUACAGAAAAAUGAGUCUGAUAAAAAAGCUCCUGCGCAGGACAGAACGAAAACACAGCAAAAAGAAGCUCAUUAAAUGGCUUCAGAAGGAGAGACUUCUUGCCAGAACACUGAAAUGCCCUAGAUGCGGGAAAAAGAUGCAUUUUAAGAAGAAAACCAGCAUAAAGGAUGGGUACACAUGGAUAUGUAGACGGAAUCAUCAUCGGCAGAAUACAGUUCGUUCCAUUCGACACGGAUCAAUUUUUAGCCGAAGCCAUGUUCCACUGGUGUCAUAUAUGAAACACAUUCACAGAUUUGCCCAAGGACUGCGGCUCCGGCAGGUAGACAUGGUUGAGGAGGGACUUUGUGGUAGUAGUGCUACAAUUACAAAAUUAACCCAGAAGCUUAAAGGAGUGUGUGUCAAUGCUAUUCGUAAAAUGAAGAGGCAAAAGAAGAUGCAAAUUGGUGGAGGAAGAGCAUAUGUUGUUCUUGAUGAAAGCAAGUUUUGCCACAAACGGAAGUAUGCACGUGGCCGUUUUGGAAACACCUGGCGAAGAAAAGCAUGGGUGUUUGGCAUGAUGGAAAUAAAGCGGAAUCGCAGGAGACCCCUCCUAAAGGUGGUUAAGAGAAAAACAGGUACUGAACAGUAA